AUGGAGAUUGAUGGCCCAUAUAAAUACGGCGUCGCGCCUCAUACAGCAUUGUAUUUCUCAGCAAGCCAAAGGAAAGUUGGAAAGAUGUGGAAACUGACGUUUGGAGUUUUGCUGGCGGCUUCUUUGUGUUAUGGAUUGCCAACUAAAAAUAAUAACCCUAAUAAGUUUCCCGUGUUGAAAGAGACACGAAAAGAGGUUUUAUACCGCGUCAGUGAACCAAGCAAACCAUUUCUCUUGGAGUGUGUUGUUCUCGGGAAUGUUCCUGGGGUCAAAUACACAUGGCACAAAAACGGAAAGCCCCUAGCUGUCGAGGACUUGGAAGUCGUCCAGCGACACGAAGAAGGCACCCUCGUCUUCCUCAGACCGAAGGCCGAGGACGCCGGUGAAUACCAGUGCUUCGCCACCACGGAACUUGGCAAAGCGUCCACGGGCGUUAUCCACGUGAAGCGAGCGUACAUCAACGCAAAGCCAGCGGUUCUGAAAGAGCUGAAGCCAGUGGAGGCUAAGCCGUUGAAAUUGGAGUGUAACAUUCCAGAUGCUUACCCAAAACCCAAUAUCACCUGGAGGUACCAGUCUGUUGGUGAUCCGGAGAUUUCCAGCGAGGUUCUGGACGCAAGGAUGACGUUCUCGCCUGAAGGUUCCCUAUACAUAACAAGUGUCGCCAAGGAAGACGCGAACAGGAACUUCAAAUACGUCUGCGUGGCGAGGACACCAGCUUCAUCCAAGGACUUGUCUCUCGCUGAAUACGUAAUUGAGGAGGUCCAGCCGAACGACAAGAAGGACGGUGAAAUCCAAGAAAUGUAUACCAGCAAGGACAUGACCGUGAAAGUUGGUGACAGGACGUUCAUUUAUUGCAUCUUCGGUGGAUUCCCACAAGCCUACCAAGACUAUUACAAGGAUGGUGAGAUAAUAAACAGCAAACCAGGAGAUCGGGUGACCGUCUACAACAGGAGUAAGGGUAAACGUCUCCUGAUCCGUGACACAUACGUCACAGACGCAGGGACAUACAAAUGUGUCUCGAGCAACAAAGUCGGAAAACCUAAAGAACACACCAUGAAACUCACUGUUGUCGCCGCACCCCACGCCGUAAAGAUGCCGCCAACAGUGGCCAACGUCGCCCCCGGUCUGGACUUCACUUUCCACUGCAGCGCCGAAGCUGUACCAGCCCCGAAAAUAACCUGGACAUACAACGCGGAGCCGUUGACCGCGGACAGUCACUUCAUAAUCGUUGAGAACACGAAGGGAAACCUCACCACCUCCGAUUUGACCAUCAAAGCCGCCGAGGAAAAGAACAAGGGAUACUACGGAUGCAAAGUGGAGAACGAACAUGGCGUUUUAUACGCUGAGACGGCUUUUAGAGUAGCUUAA